AUGAAGUGCUCGGCAACUUUUAUUGUCCCGGUAGCUUUCGAGAUUCAACUCUGUUCCACUCCAGAAGCAGAGGCUCAGUUAAAUUAUCAGCCAAAAUCUAUCCCUUAUAGUAAAAGCAUGAGUGCAAGUCGAUCCUUGUUUGCUAAAAUCCAGCACACUUCAAACAGCAUCAGUACUUUCUACAUCGAAGAGAAAUUGCUCAUUUGUGGUGACAUGUCUCCAAACUCCGGGCCGGUGAGGACAAGGAGUAAUAUUCGUGUGCUGAAUGUAGAAGAACUCUUGGAAAUAACCAAGACGCCAUAAUACGUGCUCGUUGUAAUGUUUGGUAACAUGCCAAAUGCCUACAGCUCUCUAAAUCAAGCUUCAAGAAUUAUUUGCAGCACCCAGAAAUCGAAUGGACAUGUUCACUGUGCUCUUUGUCGAAUUUUUAG